CCUGCCCUGCAGAGGCUGCAGAACAUCCAGCCGGGGGGAAACACACCCCUGAGAUAACCCGACAGAGACGGGACGGAGAGGAGGCGGAUAUGAAGCGGGAAGAACCCAACUGCUCCACAACAAGGAUGAGAGGCCACGACGUCGGGAUCGGGGUCCUGGUACCCACGCUGCUGCUGGCCGUCUGCCUCCACGCCGGGACCCUCAGAGCAGCCGAGGGAGCCCAGGACGGAGGAGGCGGAGUUGGGGCUGGAGGUGUUAGCAGCGUUGGAGGUGGAGGUGGUGGAGGAGGAGGAGGUGGAGGCUCAGACACCAUCGGCCACUCUCUGGCGCUGGUGCAGCGGCUGGAGGCCCUGCUGGCCCAGGGCAACGGCAGCGACGUGACGCUGCGCGUGGAGACGGCCAGCGCCGACGGGGUGAGGCUGAUCCAGGCCCACGCCCUGGUGCUCUCCCUGCAGAGCUCCGUGUUCGAGGAGCUGCUGGCCGCCCGCAACGGCAGCACCCUGCUGCUCACCGAGGGGGCCGACUGCGCCGGGGUCUUCGACAAGUUCAUCAAGUACCUCUACUGCGGGGAGGUCUCCCUGCGCCUGGACCAGGCCACCCCGCUGCACAAGCUGGCCACCAAGUACCAGGUGGUCGACCUGCAGGCCGCCGUGGCCCGCUACAUGAGCGAGAACCUGGCGCGCGACUCUCCGUCGGGCCACGUGGUGGGCUGGUACGAGUACGCCCAGCAGGCCGGCCAGGCCACGCUGCGGGACAGCUGCCUGCAGUUCCUGGCGUGGAACCUGUCGGCGGCGGUGCAGAGCGCCGAGUGGAGCUCCAUCAGCAGCCGGCUCCUCAUGUCCCUGCUGCGGCGCUCUGACCUGGUGCUGCACAGCGAGAUGGAGCUGUUCGCCGCGCUGGAGGCCUGGAUCCUCCGCAACGACCCCGACGGGCUGACGGCGGAGAACGCCCUGCGCGCCGUGCGCUACGCCAUGAUGCCGCCGCGGGACCUCUUCCGCCUGCAGACGCAGUCGCCCGCGCUGGCCCGCUACCAGGAGUCGGUGCGGGACCUGCUGUACAUGUCCUACCAGUUCCACUCCGCCUCGCCGCUGCAGAUGGCCAAGUUCUUUGACGUCAACUGCAGCCUGUUCACGCCCAGGAACUACCUGUCGCCGCUGUGGGGCGCGGCCUGGGCCAUCGGCAGCCCCUCGCGCGACGACCGCAGCACCAGCUUCCAGACGCAGCUGGGCCCCAGCGGCCACGACGCCAGCAAGAGGGUGACCUGGAACGCCCUGUUCUCCCCCCGCUGGCUGCCCCUCAGCCUGAGGCCGCUCUACACCGAGACGGGCGCCAUGCAGCCCGCCAGGGUGGACGGCGGCCGGCCGCGUGUCAUCAUCACCCCCGCCACCUCCAGCGCCGACUUCGCCGGGGUGAACUUCCAGAAGACGUUGCUGGUGCUGGCGCAGCGGCACGGCCGCGUGAUGGUGAAGCACGUCUACGACUUCCACCAGAGCACCGAGGAGAGCGGAGACUUCCUGGCGGAGGCCGACCUGACCCGGCGCUCCUCCGAGUACCUGGUGGACGGCGCCCUCUACCUGCACGUGGUGGUGAAGCCGCUGUACCAGACACUCAGCAAGAACUGAGACACACACACACACAGGCACACACUGUCAUACACACACACACAGGCACACACACAGACACACACUGUCAUACACACACACACAGG